UGCAAAUGAGGUCGCUAGCUUGCAGGUGUGGAUGCUAGCCCUCACGUGGGUAGAUUGAGGAUGCAGUCGAAGAGGAUUACCACCGAGCCUCCCUCUAUAACAGAAGAAGUGUUUGAAGAAUGCUUGGCCACAGAUGAUAUGUUUGUGGAAUACUUCAAUGAAUUUUUGAGUCUUCCAACUUUCGCCCAGCCAGUGAAGUUUAAUUCUGACUUUGGGGUUUUUGAAGUAGUUAAUGAUGCCCCACAACCCCUGGAAAGCCAGCUGAAAAAAAUUCUGCAUGAUCAGAAGUCUCCAAACCUCAUUUAUGAUGUCCUGAGGAAAGCAAAGGACAAUGGGCAGACCUCCAAACCGUGCAGCACUUCUCCAGCCCUUGCUAUUGAUCCAAAUGACACCACUAUGUACCUUGAUCGAGAGCAAGCAAUGCAGUGGAUUAAGGAAGAAAGGCUUCCAGCAUUUCUAGAGAGUGACUGCUACUUUGAAUACAGGCUAGCUAAACUGAUAUCACAGGUGGAAUGGAGCAAGACUGGCAUUAAUUUCAUUAUUGAUAAUGACUAUUAUCCUUGGAAAAGGAAGCAAGACCCAGGUUUUCCUCAUCUUGAGGAGGAUGACUCUUUGUUGACUCUGAAGAGGUUUGGCCAGAGUGAAUCCAGGAAUACUACAGAUACAUUUCUGGAUCCUGUAGAUCCUGGUCAAACUCAGGAUACUCAGUGUUUGCCUGGGCAGCAUGAGAAAGAGAGCCUUCUGGGUAAGUGAGAGAGGCUCAGCCACAUGUCACCAAAAGCUGACAUCAUCAAGGAGAGAUCCAGAGAAGAUGUGGAAGAUUUUUUUGUGGCCAUUACUGAAUCUCCUUCCCACAAUCAAUUAAGAGUUUAUCUAGAUCCAAAAUGGGACAAUGUACCAAAAGAAGAAAAUGGACAGGAAACCACAAGUUUGACAGCAAAAACCUUCCUACCAGCUCAUGUUCAGUCUGUAAGGAAGGAAGCUGUUUCAGAACUGACCCAGCAGACAGCUGCUGACAUCAGGAGUGAUGUGGAUUUUCACAAACAUCCUGAAGCAUUUAAACAUGAGUUAGCAAGUAAUGAAUUUGCUCAUGGAACUGAAGAAGAUACUGAAGAAGUUAGCCUGAGAUCAGGUUCUGAAAGUGAUGGGGCUGAGAGCAGGGCUGCCUGGUGUGUUAGUCACAGGACUUAUGACACAGGCAGCAGACACCAGUUUGAAAGAUUCAAGAAAUUCAUCAAAGGAACACUUGGGGAAAGGUACUGGUGGCUCUGGAUGGAUAUUGAAAGACUAAAGGCUCUUAGGGACACUGCAAGGCAGCAAAGGCACCUCAGCAAGAUGAAAACACUGUAUCUGCUGAGCAGUGGAGACUAUUGCCUCAGCUCAGAAGUGUUGCUCAGACUGAAUCUGCUGCAUGGAGAUCAGUGGAAUAUAAAUCAUUUGAGAUGGAUUCAGCCUGAAGUAGUGAAACCUCUGCUUCUUUACUGGGGUCCCAGAUUUUGUGUCACUCAUUCAACAGCAAUAGAAACUGCCAGUGCAAAACUGAAGCUCUGGCACACGUGCCAGCAAAGACCAAGGGUGGACAUUGAUCCUUUCCCACAAAUAGCAUCAUUAGUACCAUGGACACCUAAGUCUUGCAUGCCAGGGAUACUGCCAUCCCUUCCUCAGAUAUCAUCAGGAUUCUCACCAACCCUGCCAUCAGAUCAGAGCUCCCCAAGGGAUAUUUCAAGCAGCAGAAUGUGGCCAGAGUCAAUGAGCAGAGACAUGAUUCGUUGCUUAGGUUUAGAGGACACCGAAGUCUCAGGAUACCAGGGUCAGAGAAAGUACACCUAUGCUGAGCUGCUCUCAGGGAACAGUGCUGCUGGCAGUGUUGUCUUGGGGGGAUCAAGAAUGGAAAGCAUGCUGCAGUCUCUUUAUUUGGAGAACAGGGCAGGCUACCACUUCACACAGUUCUGUGAGAAAUCAGGGAAUAAGUUGUGGAAGAACAGCGUGUACUUCUGGUUUGACCUGCAGGCAUAUCAGCAGCUUUUCUACCAAGAAACUCUUCAUCCUUUUAAAAUAUGCAAGCAAGCUCAAUUCCUUUAUGCAACCUACAUUGCCCCAUCUGCCAGUAUGGACAUUGGACUUCACCAGAGUCAGAAAAACAUGAUUUAUCAGAAAAUUGACCCAGCCUUUGAGGACCUUUUUGACCCAGCAGAAAAAUAUGUUCUCACCAUUCUGCUAGAGCCAUGGAUGAAGAUGAUGGAAGCAGACAAAGACACUUAUGGAAAGGUGGAGUUGGUGGAAGAAGCUCAACAGCUGGACUCUGUGUACUUUAGAAAGCUCCAGGCUUUGCAUCACAAGAGUAGUUCCAAGAAGGAUGAGAGUGCUGUGGCUGACACUGGUGUGCUGCCCUGCCUUGGUGCUCUCAAAGAAGAUCAGCACUCAGGUCAAGUUCCCAAAGAGCUGGCAGGUCCUAAACUAUCUGACCUGAUCCAUGACAAAGAGAAGCUGGAGCAGUUCCGGGCUUUCCUCAGCAAGCGUUCUGCUGGCAUGGAUCUCAUGUGCUGGCUAGAUAUUGAACAGUUCAGAAAGAUGCUCCACCAGGAUAAAGGAAAAAGGGAGGAAAAGGCUGAGGAAAUUCAAAGCAAGUACUUCAGUGAAAAAUACUUAUUUGGACCUAACAGCCCUGCCAGCAGAGAACAACAAGAACAGCUAAUGCGUUCAGGUGGAGGAUGGGGACAAAUCCCUCACGAUCAACUUUCAGCAGCAGUUCUGCUAGAAGUUCAGCAGUGCAUCCAGAAGAGAUUAGAGAAACAAUGGCUGCCAUUGUUCCUAGCAGAGCAGCACCGCAGGGCGCGGGGACGAGCAAAGCAUGUGGACACUCAGUGGCUGUCUUCGCCCAGUGACAUCAUUGCCUUCCGCCAAGCGCUGCUGAACCCAGUGACAGCAAAGGAGUUUCAGUGCUUCCUGUCCCUGAGAGGGGACCUGCUGGAGAAUGGGGUGCUCUUCUGGCAGGAGGUGCAGAAGUACAAGGACCUGUGCCAUUCUCACUGUGAUGAAGCCAUAGUCCAGAAAAAGAUCACAGCUAUUAUUGACCGCUUCAUUAACUCUGCCGUACCCCCAGCUCUGCAGAUUGACAUUCCAGCUGCACAAGCAAAGAAGAUUUUGGAGCACAGGAAGGAACUAGGACCUUACAUUUUCAGAGAGGCACAGAUGACUGUGUUUGCUCUUCUCUUUAAAUUCUGGCCAAAGUUUUGUAAGUUUCGAAGCAGUGCAGACAGCGACAAAAUUCUGCUUGCCUUGGAGAGAGAAAGGAGCAAAAGGAUGAGGAAGAAGGAAUGGAAAACAGCAGAGGAAAGCCUUGCAAAGUUUCAGGUGACAGCUGGUAAACUGCACAAAGCCUUCUUGAUGAAACAUUUCUCAGCUUUGAGAUGGGAUUGUCAGGCUGUUCACAAUGAGCUCCCAGACACUUUGAGCGCACUAACAGAACUCGACCUCUGCAGUGGAAUGCUUGCUUGUAAAAUUACAAAACUGAAGAGAGCCAAAGCACUGCUCAAAGCCAUGCACCAAGGUCGAGCAAACUCCAAACUCCAAGAACUUCCGCUUCUGUCUCCAAAGCAUGCUGACUCCAUACAGAUUUCUGAUGAAGACCGAGGAAGAAAAGAGCGAACUUGGCCAGGAGGGCAAAGGCCUAGCUUUUAUGGGGAACAAAUGGGAAAGAUGAAUUACCAUUCUAAGCGGGGAAGCAGGAGUAAAGAACUGGAGAGAAGGCUCAGCAGUCUGGCAGGCAAUGUUUUGGCAAAUGAGACUGGUAUGGAGAGAGGCCUAGCUUCGUUUUCAGAUGGAUAUGGAUGGCAGGCUUCCUGGUCCUUCUCCAAAUACAUAGAAGCCUUGGAGCAGGAAAGAAUUCUCCUUAAAUUGCAAGAAGAACUGGAGAAAAGCUCUUCAUCACUCCUCACAGGAGCUCCAUCUGUGUCCUUCCCAAAGCCUGGAAACUCUGAAAAAUCAAGUGCUUCUUCAAGGACUAGUGUGACUUCGAAGAAACAAGCAAUUCCUCUCAGGAAACAAAGCAGUGGAAAAUCUCCUUGAGGAAGAAGGAAACACAGGGAAAUGCAUUGGAUAUGGGCAGGAGACACAGAACCAAUUUGCAUCCAAGGUUUGUCCUUACAUUUCUAGAGCAAAGAUGGCAGCUUGGAGUAGUAUUAAGAACCAUGGAACAUCAGCCAAAGGUAGAAAAUAAACAUCUUCCACUGUGU